CUUAGUCAUUUUACCAAGGGUGGUCACUGGUCAUUAUCAUUCUUUAAACCUGAAACAACUACUUGCAAUUUCAUUUACUCUUAAUUUAAACAAAAUAAACUUUCAGUUGUUGGAUCACUCUGCGUGUUAGUUUGGGGCAGUACGAGGAUCUGAAAGAUCUACGAGAGCUGAACACUACAAUCUUUCUGUUAUGGUUCCCAACUGAUGUCAUCAAAGCUCAAAUCAAUUGGUGAAAAGGGAAGUCAUGUUUUUAACCUAAAUUCGAAGAUAACCCAAUUGGGAAAGUCAGGUCGGAUCGAAGAUGCAGUUAAGCUAUUUAACCAAAUGCCCCAUCGCAACACCGUCACCUACAAUUCCAUGAUCUCAGCCUAUGCUAAGAACGGCAGAAUCAAUGAUGCAAGACGGCUUUUCGAUGUCAUCCCCCGUAAAAAUUUGGUUUCCUGGAACUCCAUGAUGGCUGGGUACAUGAACAAUGAUGAAGUUGGGAAAGCCCAUGAGCUGUUCGAUAAAAUGCCCCAAAGAGACAUCUUUUCUUGGACUUUGAUGAUAACAUGUUACAUACGUAGAGGCGAGCUUGAAAAGGCAAGACACUUGUUUAAUCUGCUCCCUGAUAAAGGAAACCCGGUUUGCUGGAAUGCAAUGAUAGCGGGUUAUGCCAAGAACCGGCAGCUGGACAAAUCCGUGGAAAUUUUUGAAGAAAUGCCGCAGAAAAAUUUGAUUUCAUGGAACUCCAUGCUCGCUGGAUAUACUCAAAAUGGGGAAAUGCGUCUGGGUUUAAAAUUUUUUGACAAAAUGCCCGAGAGGAAUGUGGUUUCGUGGAAUCUAAUGGUGGAUGGGUUUGUUGGGGUGGGUGACCUGGAUUUAGCAUGGCAGCUCUUUCAGAGAAUUCCUAACCCAAACAGUGUCUCCCAGGUCACAAUGUUAACUGGGUUUGCUAGGAAUGGUGAAAUUGACAAGGCGCGGCUACUGUUUGACCAGAUGACCAAUAAAACUGUGGUUUCUUGGAAUGCUAUGAUUGCUGCUUAUGUCCAGAACAGCCAAAUUGGCGACGCUAUGAAGCUAUUCAUAGAAAUGCCCGAGAAAAAUGCUGUAUCAUGGACUACCAUGAUUGAUGGAUAUGUUCGCAUAAAUAAUCUUCAAGAAGCGAAGCAAUUAUUGGACAGAAUGCCCUGCAAAGAUGUCGCAGCUCAAACUGCAAUGAUCUCUGGAUAUGUGCAGAAUAAAAGGAUGGAGGAAGCACUAGAAAUUUUCAACAAGGUAGGAAACCGUGAUCUUGUCUGUUGGAAUACAAUGAUUGCAGGCUAUUCACAGUGUGGAAGAAUGGACGAAGCUUUAAAUCUGUUCGAACAAAUGAUCAAAAGGAACAUAGUUUCAUGGAAUAUAAUGAUUGCUGGAUAUGCUCAAGCCGGUCAUAUGAACAGAGCACUGCAGCUAUUUGAGGAAAUGGGCGAGACUAAUAUAGUUUCCUGGAACACCCUAAUUUCAGGUUUUGCCCAAAAUGGUUUAUUUCUUGAGUCACUCGGGUUCUUUUCUUUGGUGAUGCAGGAUGGUAAGAAACCUGAUCAAUCAACAUUCGUUUCUGGACUGAGUUCUUGUGCAAAUCUUGCAGCUCUUCAAGUUGGAGAGCAACUUCACCAGAUUGUUGUGAAGAGUGGUUAUGUGAAUGAUCUAUUUGUCAGUAAUGCAUUGAUCUCUAUGUAUGCCAAGUGCGGAGUGGUCUCGAGUGCCGAAUACGUGUUCGGUGAUAUUAACAGUGUUGAUGUCGUUUCAUGGAAUUCCCUGAUCGUUGGGUAUGCCAUAAAUGGGUACGGGCACGAGGCAGUUAAAGUCUUCCAGGACAUGCGGAUCAAAGGGGUGGCACCUGAUCAGGUUACCUUUGUCGGGGUGUUGUCGGCAUGUAGUCACGCGGGGUUAAUAGAUUGGGGUCUGAAUUUGUUCAAGUCCAUGACCCAUGAGUAUCAUAUCGAACCUCUGCCUGAACACUUUGCUUGCGUGGUAGACAUGCUUGGCCGAGUGGGGAGGUUGGAAGAAGCCUUUCUACUAGCACGAGAAAGGAAAAUUGAGGCCAAUGCAAAAAUAUGGGGUGCUCUACUUGGCGCAUGCCGGGUGCACAAAAAUUUAGAGCUUGGUCAGCUUGCUGCUGAGGAACUAUCAAAGCUUGAACCUCAUAAAACUUCGAACUAUGUGCUUGUAGCAAACAUACAUGCGGAGGCAAGAAAUUGGCGUGAAGUGGAAAGAGUGAGGGCGUUAAUGAAAGAGAGGGGAGCUGAGAAACAGCCAGGGUCUAGCUGGAUAGAGUAUAAACAUCAGCUACAUGUCUUUCUCUCUGGUGACAAAGCGCGGCCCCAGACAUCAGAUAUUUGCAAUACUUUGAAGACUCUGACUGCGCUGAUGAAAAACUGCAGUUACAUGCCUGAUGCUAAAGCUUCCGUUAUUGACCUUUCAUAAAAAGAUUCGAUUUUUGUUUGACGAGAACACUCAUUUUAGCCCUAGACCAGCCGCCAACUUGCUAAAUCACCUUUGUUCGAAUUUUUUGCAAGUAUAACCGGGCCGAUCCUAUUGGUUACCACCAGACAUGUUUUGAAAUGUCACCAAGAACCACUGGUCAAAGCCGUGGUGGUCCCUGCUGCUAAGUAGUAGAAAGUGGAGGUAAAUUAAGAAAGAGCAGUAUUAGAAACCUUUUGCUGCCCAUCUAUAGAAACUUUUAAAGCAUUCUACCAGGUACUUAAAGUUCACUUUCCGGCCAAAAUUUCAUCCAUAAUUCACUUAAUACAAAAGAGCAGGCUGGCCCCCUUUACACAAAUUAGAAGCAGCAACUAGGAGCUCUUUAUGCCUAAUGGUCAAUCGGAAAUGGUUCCCUCGGAAGAUACUUCUUUUUCCACAUGCCAAUCCUUCAGAGAGAGUUCUGAUUCAGUAUCGCUGAAGUCAUCAGUUGUACCUACUUUGUCUGUUCCAGCAUCACAAAGCCCAUGUAACUGGUUUUCCUUAGCUCUGGAUGUUGCAUCUAUGGGAUUCUCGCUAUCGGAAGGAAAUACACUGAAAGCAGGAUCGCUUGAAAUGCAUUCUGAAUGAAACUCAUUGACUUCCGUACCGUCUGGAGAUUGCACCAGUGAUGUUUGUGGUGUGUGGAUCUUUACUGUACCACCUGGCCUUGCUUCCUGAAGAUUGGCACCCGCUGAAACCAUCACCUGCUGCAAUUCAAAUUCGGGCAGCAUCAUAGGAGGGUUAGCAGUUUGCCUAAAACCAAUUGUAAAGAACACUUAAUGAAGGGCUACCUGUUAAAUUAAAUAAUUAAUCGAAAGCAAGCUUCUUUCUA